AUGGAGACCACCGAUUUGAAACCACCAUCUCAACCGGUUAAAACCAAAGGUGCGCCAAAAGAGCCGAAAAGUACCCAAGAAGACACAUCAACCAAACGAUCUCAUUCCUACUUUGAACAUGUUGAUGCAUUGAUCUUGGAUUCACCAACACCAAAGUCCAAGUCUAGUGCUAACAAAGGAGCUCGUAUUUCGAAGCUGCCGCGCACACCUCCGAUAAAAAAAUCUCCAAUGAUCUACAUUGAUGAGAUGCCGCUUUUUAUGCACAAAUAUAUUGAUAACAUAGUUGAGGUUGGCACCGACGGUAAUUGUGGAAAUCGGGUCGUUUCCGGUUUGCUCGAAAAAGGAGAAGAAAAUCACACUCUUAUUCAACGGGCACUUAUUUCAGAGUUGACUUCGCAUAGGGACAUCUACAGCCGACUCUAUGAAAAUCAAGAAAACUUUGAUAAACUUCAUGUUUCCCUUGUUCAAUCACUAAGAGGUCACGCCCUAGUUUCGAAAUGGAUUUAUUUGUCAAAACAGACUGCACAGCUCAAAACUUAA